CUUCUCCUUAACUGACUUUGUUCAGGAAUGUUGAGUCCCCUAGAUGUGGUCUGGGGUGGGGAUUUUUGUUGAUGGCCUUGGUUGUUUCUAAGGCAGCCUGGCCUAGCCUUCGGGGAGCAGUUUCUGUUUGGCCAGCCUGUGGAAGCUCUGAAACCCUUUAAAGAAAGGCCAUUUUAUGUAAAUCACUUCCUGUGUUUGAGGCUCUCCUUGGGAGUAGGAAGGGAAGUCUCUGGAUUAGAGGUAGAGGAACUGCGUGCUUUUCAUUCUUUUUUCCGAGUUUUCCCUCGGCUCAGUAAGCUUUAAAGAAUGUUGAUUCUGGCCUAAAACUUUUUUUUUUUUUUUCUGGUAACGAUGAAGCAGAGCCCGUUACAGAGAUACUGGUUAGGCUGGGUCAGAAUUGGCAAGGACUAGGGACAGAACUGGGCGCCGUGCUUCUGGGUCCAGUCCUGGGUUUUGGAGCUGUGAGCCUGCAGAAGCAGAAGCGCUCUGAGAAUAGAGUGGAAGCUGCUGGAGCCCCUCCGCCCUGGUCCUGUGACAGCAUGGGAGACUGAUCACAGAACCACCAGACCUUGGUGACCAGCAUUGUCCCAGAUAUAGCAGUUGGUACCAAGCGGGGAUCUGACGAGCUUUUCUCUACCUGUGUAACUAACGGACCCUUUAUCAUGAGCAGCAACUCGGCUUCCGCAGCAAAUGGAAAUGACAGCAAGAAGUUCAAAGGUGACAACAGAAGUGCCGGCGUGCCCUCCAGAGUGAUCCAUAUCCGGAAGCUCCCCAGCGACGUCACCGAGGGCGAGGUUAUCUCUCUGGGACUGCCCUUCGGGAAAGUCACCAACCUCCUGAUGCUGAAAGGAAAGAACCAGGCCUUCAUCGAGAUGAACACGGAGGAGGCGGCCAACACCAUGGUGAACUACUACACGUCUGUGACGCCCGUGCUGCGUGGCCAGCCCAUUUACAUCCAGUUCUCCAACCACAAGGAGCUCAAGACGGACAGCUCCCCCAACCAGGCGCGAGCCCAGGCAGCCCUGCAGGCCGUGAACUCAGUCCAGUCUGGAAACCUGGCCCUGGCUGCCUCCGCUGCUGCAGUGGACGCUGGGAUGGCGAUGGCUGGCCAGAGCCCGGUGCUCAGGAUCAUCGUGGAGAACCUUUUCUACCCGGUGACCCUGGAUGUGCUGCACCAGAUCUUUUCUAAGUUUGGCACAGUUUUAAAAAUCAUCACUUUCACCAAGAACAACCAGUUCCAGGCAUUGCUGCAGUAUGCUGACCCUGUGAGCGCCCAACAUGCCAAGCUGUCUCUGGAUGGGCAGAACAUCUACAAUGCCUGCUGCACUCUCCGCAUUGACUUCUCCAAGCUCACCAGCCUCAAUGUCAAGUAUAACAAUGAUAAGAGUCGUGACUAUACACGUCCAGACUUGCCAUCUGGGGACAGCCAGCCCUCACUGGACCAGACUAUGGCCGCAGCCUUUGGUGCGCCUGGUAUAAUGUCAGCCUCUCCGUAUGCAGGAGCUGGUUUCCCUCCCACCUUUGCAAUUCCUCAAGCUGCAGGCCUCUCUGUUCCUAACGUGCACGGAGCCCUGGCCCCUCUGGCCAUCCCAUCGGCGGCGGCGGCGGCGGCAGCGGCGGGCAGGAUCGCCAUCCCAGGCCUGGCGGGGACAGGAAAUUCUGUCCUGCUGGUCAGCAAUCUCAACCCCGAGAGAGUCACACCCCAAAGCCUCUUUAUUCUUUUCGGCGUUUACGGUGACGUGCAGCGUGUGAAGAUCUUGUUCAAUAAGAAGGAGAACGCCCUGGUGCAAAUGGCUGAUGGCAGCCAGGCCCAGCUGGCCAUGAGCCACCUCAAUGGGCACAAGCUGCAUGGGAAGCCAGUGCGCAUCACACUGUCCAAGCACCAGAACGUGCAGCUCCCCCGAGAGGGCCAGGAGGACCAGGGCCUCACCAAGGACUACGGCAACUCGCCCCUGCACCGCUUCAAGAAGCCUGGCUCCAAGAACUUCCAGAACAUCUUCCCGCCCUCGGCCACCCUGCACCUCUCCAACAUCCCGCCCUCCAUAUCUGAGGAGGACCUCAAGGUUCUCUUCUCCAGCAACGGUGGGAUCGUCAAAGGGUUCAAGUUCUUCCAGAAGGACCGCAAGAUGGCGUUGAUUCAGAUGGGCUCCGUGGAGGAGGCCAUCCAGGCCCUCAUUGACCUGCACAACCACGACCUGGGCGAGAACCACCACCUGCGCGUGUCCUUCUCCAAGUCCACCAUCUAGGCCGCCAGGACCAGCCUGCCGGCACCCGAGACACUUCCAUCAUUCCAGAAAAAAGCCACUUUAAAAAGCAGCUGAAGUGACCUUAAAAGACCAGAGAUUUUAUUUUUUUAAAGAGAAAUCAGUUUACCUGUUUUUAAAAAAAUUAAAUCUAACUCACCUUGCUCACCUUGGGGAGA